AUGAGCGGCCUCAUCAACAUCGGGGCGGACAACGCCGACGAUGCGCACUACCGCUACAAAAUGCCGAAGCUGAUCGCCAAGAUCGAGGGGCGCGGCAACGGCAUCCGCACGAACGUGGUGAACAACGUGGACAUCGCGAAGGCGCUGGCGCGGCCGCCCGAGUACACUUUGAAGCACUUUGGCACGGAGCUGGGCGCGCAGACGCGGUUCGAUAAGGGCCAGGGGACGUCGAUCGUGAACGGCGCGCACGACGCGAAGGCGCUGUCGGAGAUCCUGGAGAAGUUCAUCAAGCAGUACGUGCAGUGCUACGAGUGCGGCAACCCCGAGACGGUCAUGCGCGUGAAGCGCGACCAGAUCACGAUGCGGUGCAAGGCGUGCGGCGCCAAGUCCGAGGUGGACCCGCGGCUGAAGCUGAACACGUUCAUCAUCAAGAACCCGCCGCCGAAGGAGGAGUCGAAGCAGGAGAGGAAGGUCAAGGCGAAGAUGGAGGCUGCGGUGGCGGGGGCGGUGAGCGAGGGCGUGGUGGUGGAGCCGAGCCCGAAGGCGAAGAAGGAGAAGAAGGAGAAGAAGGAGAAGAAGAGCAAGAAGGAGAAGAAGGAGCGGCGGAGCGCGCGGGGCGAGGACGGGGAGGGCGGCAGCGAGGGGGGCGGGUCGGGCGAGGGCAACGGCGACGCGUCGAGCGGGGACGACUCCGGCGACGACGGCGACGUCGAGUGGAUGGUCGACACGUCCGAGGAGGCGGCGCGCCAGCGCGCGCAGGAGCAGCUCAGCGGCGCCGUGGCCAAGCUCGUGGGCGGCGAGGCGGCCGAGGCCGUGGCGCAGGUGGACGAGCUCGCGGCGCGGCUCGCGGAGGAGCUCACGCUCGAGGACGCGGUGCCGGCGCUGCGCGCGGUGCUGCCGACGAAGAAGCCGCUCGAGGCCGCGACGCUGGUGCAGAACCUCAAGGUCCCCGGGGGGCUGCUGGGGGCGUACCGCGCGCUGUACGAGGCGCUCUUCCUGUCGGACGACGGCACGACGACGCGCGACAACCGCGCGCUGCACGACCUGGCCGAGGAGAAGAAGCUUGUGCUGGCGGCGUGCGGGCGGGACGCGGUCGGGCAGGCGGCGCAGCUGGUGGCGCUGGAGUACCUGGUGGCGAACGUGGUGCCCGCGCGGACGGCGGAGGCGGCGCUCGUGAUGAAGCUGCUGUUCGAGUACGACAUCGUCGACGAGGAGACGUUCCCGGCGUGGGCGGCCAACACCAAGGCGAGCCGGAAGGCCGGGGUGGCGAAGGAGCGCGCGAUGGAGGUGCGCGAGGCCGUGCAGCCGUUCCUGACGUGGCUCGCGGAGGCCGAGUCGGACUCGGACGACGACGACGAGUAG